GAUAUUUUUCAAGCUAUUAUAAAAUCAAUACUGCAACGAAACACUUUGACGGAACAAAGUUUUGAAAAUAAUGCAUAAAGUUACAAAUAUAUAUUAAAAAUUUUCAUAUCAUUAGCAUCGUCAUCGUAUCAAAUCUUAAAUAAAGAUGAGUGAGCUUGACAAGGAAAUGUCUCGGCUAACCACUAAAGAUUCUAUUUAUGGAAUGCUAUCAAAUUUUGAAAUUGAUAAAAAGAUUGGAAAAGGACAGUUCAGCGUUGUUUUCAAAGCUAAAUGCAAAUUAGAUGGAAAAUUUGUUGCCUUGAAAAAAGUGCAAAUUUCUGAAAUGAUGGAUUACAAAGCACGAUUAGAUUGUAUGAAAGAAAUAAACUUGCUUCAGCAACUCAAUCAUCCUAAUGUUAUUAAAUAUUUGGCCUCUUUCAUUGAUGAUAAUGAGCUGUACAUAGUCCUUGAUCUUGCUGACGCAGGUGAUCUUUCUCGGAUGAUCAAGUAUUUUAAGAAACAACAAAGAUUGAUUCCAGAGAAAACUAUAUGGAAAUAUUUUGUCCAAAUUUGCAGUGCCUUGGAACACAUGCAUUCAAAGCGAGUGAUGCAUAGAGAUAUUAAACCUGCAAAUGUAUUCAUCACAGCUGAAGGUGUUGUUAAACUUGGUGAUCUUGGACUAGGAAGAUUUUUCAGCUCGAAAACAACAGCUGCUCAUUCACUAGUUGGAACUCCUUAUUAUAUGUCUCCUGAAAGAAUUCAUGAACAUGGAUAUAAUUUCAAAUCUGACAUUUGGUCCCUGGGCUGCCUUUUAUAUGAGAUGGCUGCUCUUCAAUCUCCUUUUUAUGGGGAAAAAAUGAAUCUUUAUGCUUUAUGUAAAAAGAUAGAAGAGUGUGAUUACCCUCCAAUUCCUUCUGAUAUUUAUUCUGAUGAGAUGAGAAAUUUGGUUGCUGAUUGUAUUAAUCCGGAUCCUGAUAAACGACCUGAUAUUAAUUAUGUGCAUAAUGUUGCUUUUAAUAUGCACAAGCAGACAUCAUCAUCCGGAGCAACAAGUCCUGUCUUUACGUCAUAAACAUUUUUAUUUAAUUUCUAGCAAUUGAACUGCUUACUUUGAUGUUAAAACUGAA